UUUUCAUAAUUAUUGUUACUUUACUAUUUUUUUUCUUAUAAAAACAAAAAACAUAAAAUGCAUUUAUUAACUGAUAAACAACUUUCUAGUACUAAUAGGUAUUAACAAAGUGAAAGUAAAUAUUUCAUUUUAUAUCUAAAAACUGUAGUACUAGACUACUAGUGUGUAACCUACACAGUGUAGGUGUAAUUAUUGUUAUGUAACAGGUGUCUGGUGCAAAGUCUAUUUUUUAGUUUUUACUUUUAUUUUGUCUUACCAAAAUCUUAACAUUAUAUAUUACUAUUAUAUAUAAAUACAUCACAUACUGCAAUUGUAUUUUGUUAUAUCCAAUUAUUCUUUCAUAUUAAUUCUUUAAUGUAAUUGCAAUAUAAAUUUUUAUUUAACAUCCAUAUGGCAACAAAAAGCUCAGAAAAUGUUACUGGAUAUGUGGUGUUUAUUUCAUUAUUAUUUGAUUUACUGGCAUUUACCAUGAUAUUGCCACUUUUUCCAUCAUUAUUAGACUAUUAUAAACAAAAUGACUCUGGUGGAUUAUAUCAAUGGCUGGAACAACAUAUAAGUGUUUUUCAAAAAAUUAUUGGUGUACCAGAUAAGUUUAAUGGAGUUUUAUUUGGUGGUAUACUAGGUUCAUUGUUUUCAUUUUUACAAUUUGCUUCUUCGCCUAUUCUUGGUGGAAUAAGUGAUGUUUAUGGACGUAAACCAGUGAUGAUUAUAUGUUUGGUAGGUAUUUUAUCUUCUUACAUAAUUUGGUCAAAAGCAACAACAUUUUCUUUAUUUGUUUGGUCUCGUAUUAUUGGUGGCCUCAGUAAAGGCAAUGUUAGUUUAUCAAUGGCUAUUGUUACAGAUGUAUAUGUACCAGAAAAACGUGGAAGAGGAAUGGCAAUGAUUGGAAUAGCAUUUUCAGUGGGAUUUGUAUUUGGCCCUAUGAUAGGAGCAGCAUAUGCUAAAUGGUCUCAUGGUCAAGAAGGGGAUUGGUUUGUUCAACCUGCUUUACUCGCAGUUGUUUUAACUAUUAUUAAUAUAAUAUUUAUAACAUUUGUAUUUAAAGAAUCACUUCCAAAAAAAAAUAGAGCUUCUUCGGUUGCUGGAAAAUUAUCAGAAGCAUUUACUUACAUUAAUGUAAUAGAUUUAUUCAAAUUUAAACUUUUAAAUGGUGUUGUUCCAUCUGAAGAUAUUAAGAAGUUACGUACUUUGGGUACUGUCUAUUUUAUAUAUUUAUUCUUAUAUUCUGGCUUAGAAUUUACACUAACAUUUUUGACACAUAACAAAUUUGGAUAUACUUCAAUGCAACAAGGUUGGAUGUUUUUUGGUAUUGGUAUUACCAUGGCUAUUUUACAGGGUGGAUGGGUUCGAAGAAUACCUCCAACACACACAGCUAAAACUGCCACCUUGGGACUUUUACUCAUAGUUCCAUCGUUCAUAUGUGUUGGAAUGGCUGAAUCUCCUCCUCUUUUAAUUUUUGGUUUAUUUCUUUAUGCUGUUUCUACUUCUAUUGUUGUUCCGUGUAUGACUACAUUAGCUUCACAUUUUGGAUCUAAUGCUCAUAAAGGCAAAGCUAUGGGUACAUUCCGUUCUUUAGGCGCUUUAGCUAGAGCUGUAGGACCAGUUUUUGCUUCAAUAUUAUAUUGGUCAGUUGGUCCAAGGAUUACAUAUUGCAUUGGAGGCAUUUUAUUAUUGCAACCCUGGUUUUUGUUAAGGAAAACAUUAAAGAACACUAAAGAAAAAAUAUGAUUUACAUUUUUGUUAUAUUAUUGUUUUUAUAUUAUUUUAAGUAAAUUUAUUUAUGUAUUUAUAUAUGUUGUGACAUAUGUGCAAAUCAUGGCUAUAUUAAUAUUAUUCUCAUUUUG